AGCGGAAGGCACGACGGGCCAAUUAGCGCAGCGCAAAUCCCCGUGACGCGAGAGCUUGAAUCUUGUCGACGAACCUCAGCCUUUGACAUCGCCAGUGAAGCACCACCACAUCCCUCUCCACCGUCAACCCAGCCCUCUCGACACCUCCAAAAUGUCUGGCAUGAUCGGCACCGUCUACAACGCGGUCCUCCGCAGCAACACCACCAUGUUGUUCGCCGUCUUCGGCUCCGCCUUCGGUCUCCAACUGGCGUUCGACACAGGCUCAGAAAAGAUCUGGGACGGUCUCAACCGCGGCCGCCAAUGGAAGGACAUCAAGCAGCGAUACAUGGAGGCCGCCGAGGACGACGAGUAGGACAGCAGCCAUACCUCAGUUCGAACAUGAAAUAGACACUUUCUUACGAUUCUUUGGAGCGGACACUGUACAUUGUGGUGUAUACUACAGUAUGCGAAAUACCAAGGCACGAUGUGACCUACAUCCCAUUCAUGAAGCCCCGUCAACAUGAUAGCGUUUGAUAGUGUGUUAUGGAAGUUCUGACUCGGCACGAAGGUUUGGUACAUGCCAAAUAGAUGAUUCUAGCAUACAUACAGAUCAGAGCUGCAUCAAACAGACAACAUGCUGCUACUAGUACAUGGAGAACCAUAACCAGGCUGUCGCGAACAAGGAACCGAU